UAAAAAACGUCUUUCACGCUGUCUCUUAACGCAAUCGGGGUCAUCAGAUUCGAGAUGCAAAUAACGCGCGCUGAAAGUUCCAGCCGGAGAAAGCCUCACUCACAAGGCAGCUUGUAAAAAGCUCUAUUUUACCACCUGAAGCAAGCCGAAUAGAUUAGCACUGCUAUUUAAAAUCGAUUCCCACAAGGGCGAACGUUCUCCGGUCUAGAUUACAGUGGAUGAUUACUUGCCAAUUUCUCUAAGGAAGAGUAAUCGCUUUCGUUUGAGCCACGCCCUCUUGAUGUGCAGAUUUGACAAGACAUUGGUGAGGUGACAGGUCCACAAGAUCUUGUAUCCAAAAGUGGGCUACUCGGUACAAGUACCACUUGAAUACGUGCUGACGCUACAUGUGACUGGCAUUUUACGUGCCUCGUGCUAGCAUCAAACCUAGCACACGAAAAACACCAGCCUGGGUGCAUACAAGCUUAGCAAUCAUACGGACGAAUAGAGAGAAUCAGUGAAUCAAGCAAAGAAGCCAUGAGGCAAAGUGGAGGAUACGCCUGGAGUUCUCAGCAACUGAGUAGAGAAAUGGAGGAGCGUUUACUGAAUGCGGGCACAGGAAAGAGGCUGCCCCACCGCCGUACCUCCCUGUCCGAGUCCGACGAUGAGGUAGACCCCACGUCCCCAUGCGCACUCGGAGCAGGAUCCCCCGGUAACAUGUCACGGUCCCCGUGUGCUGAGGUCGCCAACCAGCGCGGUAGUAGUCGGUGUCUCGCUCACGUGCGGGUGGAGCUAGAGAUGAAGAGCCUUUGGGACGAAUUCCACUCGCUGGGGACUGAGAUGAUUGUGACCAAGGCAGGAAGGCGUAUGUUUCCGACAUUCCAGGUCCGUCUUUACGGACUCGAACCCAGUGCCAAACACAUCCUAAUGAUGGACUUUGUCCCGGUGGACGAUAAACGGUACCGCUACGCAUUCCAUAGCUCCAAAUGGCUGGUGGCGGGAAAGGCCGACCCGAGUGUACCUGGAAGGGUUCACAUCCAUCCGGACUCGCCGUGCACCGGGGCGCAGUGGAUGAAACAGAUCGUGUCGUUUGACAAACUCAAGCUCACCAAUAACCUCAUGGACGACAACGGACAUAUUAUUCUAAACUCGAUGCACAAGUAUCAGCCUCGCUUCCACGUUAUCCUAGAGGACCCUGACCGGAGCAGCACGGCGUCCCUACACGAGGUGUCCAAAGAUCACAUCCGAACUUUCAUCUUCCCCGAGACGCAGUUCAUGGCGGUCACAGCGUACCAGAACCACAUGAUCACUCAACUGAAGAUCGCCAGCAACCCAUUUGCCAAGGGAUUCCGAGAGUGCGAUCCUGAUGACUGUGUUAUUGAAGUCAUGAAGCAGUUGGACCAAGGCAACAACAACAAUAACUGCAACCGACCUAGAUUAAGCCGUGAGAUGAUUGACACACGCGCAGAUAUCCCCUCCUCUAGUACGGCCAACAGUCACACGAUGGCCCCCUCCAUGGCGCAGUACAUGCACCCACCGGAUACGUAUGCAGGUCGGCACUUAUUUGAUAACAGAUACAACACUGAAAGUGCAAGAUGGGCUUACGAUAGCAGAGCAGCAAGUCUUGGCCAAAUGAGUCGAGGGAUACCUGUGUCACCCCCCGCCACAGGGUACCCAUCAAUGAUAUCACCAAUGGUUGCGCCAAUGGGACUUCCACCUGUGUCCCCAACGUCUCCCUCCAGCCCACCAUACGGUCAGCGGACAUACCAAGCUCUGCGCAUGCACCGUAUGUCGCCUUAUCCACAGCAUGGAAUGCGGCCAAGGUCAUCCAUGUCGUCGAUGUCAUCUCUAUCAAGCGAAGAGCCGGGAUCAGAAUAACAUGGGGGAUACCUGUGUCACCCCUCGCCACAGGGUACCCAUGGGCAACCUAUAGGUACACCUGCAUGUGAAAUAUAAGACUGAAAAUCACCUUUUGUACAGUAUACUCUCAUGAAUCCUACAAACUUCCAAUGUACACAGCCGUCGUAAAAUGCAUGAAACUUAAAAAAAAUAACUGCAUGCAUAGAGGUUCAAGAAAAGCAUGACUCAAAUCGAAAAAAAAAUAUACGUAUAUAAAUACUGGGGCUUUACUGAAAUCGCUGAAGUCCUGAAAUAUGUUUGCAUCCCACAAGGGACAACACACAGUAACUGGGAUACACGCUACAAAGACAGAAAAAAAAUGUAUUCGAAGCAGAAAGUAUAAUGGAAAUGCUUUGAUAUGAAUAAGAAGAAUGCAAGCUUAUUUAGGUAGUCAAAUGGAACAUUUUAAAUAAUAUUCAAGAUACUGAGAUUUGUACUUUAUUUUAUCCAGAGUUAAAUAAAUUCUAUUUGUCCAACUUUGGAUGUUUCAAUAAUUAUAAUAACUAGGCCAUGUAGAACUGUAGAAUGUACUGUAUAACUAUAUUUUCUUCCUGUAAAGGCUAACCAGUCUCUGUCAGUGGAAGGCCCAUGCUCUGGGUUGGUAUGGACUUGCAAGUUUAUCUACCAGUUUAGCAGUAGUUCUGAAAAACAGCUUUGAUGCUUGAUGAUGACUAAUUUACUAAAUAGAGGCUACUUGACACUUACUCACUAAGCUUACUUUUUGUAUUUUAUGUUGUUUGUGGCAAAUGAAUUAUAUCCUAUCACA